AGGAUCUAGAACGCCAGUUUUAUUUUGAGCGCGUAUUCUGGUGGAUUUUCAUAAAAAUGCGCGAUCUUUUUUUGUAUUCACAGCUCACAGUGCGCUGAGAGCGCAUUCAUUGCGCAAUGCGCUUUAAAGCUUGCUGCGUUUCAGGCAGCGAGGCGCAUGUAGGCUUAUAAGAACUGUGGAGGAGCUCGUAUUUAUUUUCUUUCUUUUUUUCCACCCGGCCGAGUUGUUUUUAUUUCACUUUUCAGUUCAUUGCAUUUUUCCCAUUCAUGACGACACGCCCUAUCGUAUUUAUUUGUCUAGAUUGGCACAACAAAUCUCGCACAUUACACGGCGUUGAAAUCACAUGGAGUAAAUCCACACGACCAAGAUUGAUGAAAUAAAUCUAGCCGAUCUAUCGCUUUUUAGCAAUGGAUGUCUUUCGUGUUCUUCAACUUGUGACAGUAUUUUUGAUUGAGAUUUUAUCCUCGCGCCAACACGAAUACUUUCAGGUUUCUGGUCAAGAGCAACAGACCACACAUAAAACGUCGGAAGCAAGUGAGGUGGCACCUGUCAGAAAAUACAAGAAGGAUCAUUUCGAUUUCACAACAGGUACAGGGCCUUUUGGGAGUGUGAUCGACGAUGGGAAUUCAAUGAUUGGCGCUCAACUUGGACUUCAUGAUCACAUAGGGGAUGGUGAUAAAAAUACUUCAUCUGUUCCAGCUGAAAUCUAUACCGACGAUAGGAGCAAGUCACAUCGCAAUAGGCAGAAAAUAUCACCCUCAAGUGUGGAUUCGGAUGCAUACUACAUAAAUUCGACUUAUCCGGGGGAGAUCGAUAAUAGGUCUGCUGGCUUCAUAUCAACAGGAGCCUAUAACGGAGAGGAUGAAGGUUUUACUAAUAACUCGAAUGUUGGCGCGGGAUCGCCACCGACAGAGAUGAUAUCAUCUCUAGAGAAACAUAUAUAUCACAGAAUUAAACCACGUAAGCUUCGCCCCGAAGAUAUCUUCAUAUCUAAAGAAGUAAGCUCAUCGUUCUUGGGGAUAGGUCGCGAACGGCGAAGAGCAAGACAUGAACCCAAUAAAGGGCCUAUUCCAAUAAAAGAUUUAAACACAGACAAAUUUAAAAAUUUCAGAUUCAGAUUUCCAGAGAGAAUAGAGUGGUUUCCUUCAUACGUAGAGGUUUGGGAGAUGUGCGUGUACAAGAAAGGACGCAAAUUCGAAGGCAUCCUCGGAAAGAAUCGAUGGCGGAAGUGGUGUAAAUGGGAGGAGGUCUACGAGAUCCACAAAGAUCACCACGAUGAGGGCUUCACCUACGAGUUCGCAAGUGCGACUAUGGCCUACAUCAACUGUUUAAGGAAUACUGAUGAUCCUCAUGCCAAAAGGGACAACUGCCCAAAGCCUUGUUCUAGCAAUCCAUGUAAUGGCCCUCACAUGAGUAGAUGUUCUGAGACUGGAACCGAUGUUUCAAAAUCAUACACGUGUCAUUGUAAUCCUGGCUGGACAUAUAAUUCAAGGGCGAAAAAAUGCGAUGAUUUAAAUGUAUGCGGAACAGCGAAAGAACAGUGUUCCAAGACUAAUACGAUUGAGUGUGUGGAGAAAGAAGGGUACAAACACGAAUGCGUUUGCAACCGGAUGUGGAUGGGACCCCGUUGCGAGAAGCCCUACGACGCUUGCGUCGAUUACGACAACCCUUGCGGUCAGUACGGAAUCUGUACGGCGCACGCAGGACAGAGGACAUGGACGUGCAAGUGCAUGGAAGGAUGGGGAGAUGACCCUGCCCAGGAAGGCCGAGACUGCAAGCGAAAGAACCAGGUUUGCGACAACGUGGUGUGUUUGAACGGUGGAGAAUGCCAGGCUUCCAAGUCACAGCGCGAAGCAACCUGCAUAUGCACUGAAGAAUGGCGAGGGGACACGUGUAAUGAACCGAUGCCUUCGUGGACGAUGUGGCAACCUUGGAGCAAGUGCUCCGUAUCUUGCGGCUAUGAUGGUACCCGAAUACGGAAGCGGGACUGUGACCAUAAAGACGCGGUCUUCUGCGGGCCCGGAACCGAUGAAGAGCAUGCCGUCUGCAACGGACCCGUUUGCAAAGUCGACGGUGUAUGGGGCGAAUGGAUAAAGGUUACCGACUGCUCCUAUAACUGUGGCGGAGGACACUACAUCCAGGCGCGAAACUGUGAAUACGAUUCUGAUGACCCGGAAGCUUUCGGCAAGUCGUGCGAGGGAAGGGCCAUCGUUUACGCAGACUGUAACAUCAUGAGCUGCUCAAAAUCAGAUAAACGAUGGCUAAGGGUAAAUAUAAACAGUUUAGCACGGACCAUUGUCAGCCAGACGGACAAUGCUGCAGGAGAUUGGGGCGCAUGGAAUUCCUGGGCCGACUGUUCAACGACAUGCGAUGUCGGUUUCCGGUCGAGGAAUCGGGUUUGUCUCAGCAGCAUCGGUGCUUGUGUAGGAAGUUCAGAGGAAAUCGAGGAUUGCAACUUGAAACACUGUGACAAAGAAGCAGGGUUUCUUCCAUGGGGAUCGUGGACUUACUGGACGAAAUGCGAAGAAGACGUCGAUUUCUGCUACAGAUAUCGUGAAUGCCCUUACAGCAUCACUGAUGAAGAGUUCCGUGAGGCAUGUCCUGGCAAGUCUUCUCAAUCGGUACCUUGUGAAGCAGAUGGAUGUGGCGAAUUACAAGAGGAAGAAAAACAAGAAGAAAAGGAGAAGCCUAAAGAAGAGCAAAAGGACGCAGUACCUCCAUGGGCACAGGGAGGUGCGCAGUGGGGACCACCGAUGCAGGCGCCACAGAACAUGGCGAGGGAAAGAGGUGCAGCCGCUGGUGAAAGCAGUGCUCUCGGGGUGGGAUCGAUAGCAGCCCUUGGGGCAAUUGGCUACAUGGGAAAGAUAGUUUUCACCAAGUUCCAGAAAAAGCGGAAAAGACAAAAGAAGAAGAAGGAUGAUGCAGCAGUGUGAAUGAUUCUGCAUGAUGACGAAUACCAGCAGUGAAAGCUAGCAGUCUUCAAUGAUCAAUGUUGGCUCUGUGCCCUUUCUCAAAGCCGAUGGCCUGUAUUCAUGGCCCUGAGAAUCGGGGGUGCGGGGAUAUCUUGUACUUUUCAAUGCAAUAUAUUAAGUACAGACAACUGGGCGAAUAGUACCAGAAGUUAGCAAAAAUGUGGCGUCAAUGCACAUUUGAGUGAAAAGCACUCCCAAUAUUUUAGUGCCGCGUGUGUUAUUCUCCAUAGGCAAGCAACCUCUGAAAUUAUGUAGAGGUUUGCAAAAAUGGAAAAGUAUAAUAAAAAUAACCUUCAUUUCUGUAGUAAACUUGUUUCUUUCCCUUUUUUUUUUGCUUGUAACAUUUCUCGUGACCAAAAAUGAUGUUCAUUUUGUAGUGAAACCUUUUUUUUCUGCUUGUCAAAUUUAAGUUAGCACCCGUCUGUAAAAAAAAGUCGUUCCACGGGAACUGGCCUGUCUACUCUGAACUAGGGCUUGUAGUAGAGGUCCGAUCGUGAACGUGUGAUUGUUCUAAGAUAUUCGUAGAAAGUUAUAUACUAUUUGUAACUUUGUACAAAUAUCAUAAACUACGUAUACACGCGAUUGUUUAAAAAAAUGCAUAAUUUGUAACUUUCGAAUUUUUACAACUUGACGAAGUAUUUUGUGAAAAAAAUUGCGACCAUCUUACUCGAGGGCCAAAUAAAUUUCAUUUGCUACUUGAGAAUGUGGUAAUUUCUUGUCUACUCCCUCCUCUCUUUCUAUCUCUCUUGAUCUAUUUAGAUGUCAUGUCAAUACAUUCACUAUAAAUUAUGAUUAUCUUUGAAAUUAUUUGUACUUCAAUUUUAAUGUUAAUAUGUAUAUUAUUUUUAUGAGGAAUAUGAUAUGUUCUUAUAUAUUGUAUAAAUUAGGUCUACGAUGUAAUAACGAUUUCUUUAUGUUUGUUACAUGUAAGGGACAAAUGCAAUGUAAAAGCUCAAAUUUUAGCAUCCUCGUCUUAAAGAAUGUUGUAUUGUGUGCAUUUUGUAUUAGUUCGGUUCAUAUCUAUUUUGAACAUUUAUUUAUAAUACACAUUUGAUUGAUUGUAUCUCUAUAUUAUCACUGUACAUUGUUUUGUUUGAAUAAUAUAUGCAUUUUAUGUUGCAAAUACGAGUAAAGUGAAGUGAAACAAACUGUUAUAUGAUACUGCACAACAUUCUAAGUGCGAUUUCAAUUCUCACUCAGCAUUUUAUUACAAAUAUUACAUUCCUUUCCAUUCGUAUAAAACAAUAAAGUUAAGAGAAGAUUAUGGUAACACAUUUGCUAUUGCAAAUUACCAUAUUCUUCCCUGUCUAUCUCACACACACGCACAACCUCACGCGCGCAUACACACACCAUCUUGUAAUUGACAAUCGGGGACGCACUAUCAUUAACCGCCAAAGUGGGGACGUGUGUUUGUGGUCUGGUACAUCAAAGGAUUGGAUUUAAUCCACUAAACAGGAUUAUUUUCGGACAUAUCAUAAGUUCGAUUUCCGAGGAAGCUUCCAACCCCGUACACACACAGCUUGAUGUGAUUUUGCCUAGCGGGAACGUUUUGGAAAUAGGGCAUUAAUGAUACAAAACCGUUCGGAAUGAGAUGAGGAGUCCAUUGGUACCGUUAUCAGGAUCGGGGAUAUUCACAUUUGCAGGAAGUUCCGCUGGAUGGGUAAAAUGUAUGGAGAUGUCCCCAGAACAUACACGCCCAGGUUUAUUCAAACGCAAACAAAACGCAACGCACAAACUUACACACAAACACACAUCUAACUUAUGACAGCACUAAAUUAUUUUAUUUUGUAUAAACAUACAGAGCCUAAUAUAGGCUUCGACCCUCAUCCCUCUCCACCCCCCUCAAAGUAUGAUGCCAAUCUAUAGGUUCAUAUCUCCCUUAGAUAGCUUGAUGUGCCUCUAUCUUCCAUGGCCAUAGGCCUACAGAACCCUUUAGACUCUUCCACUUUCUCUCCCCCCCCCCCCCCGAACCCCCUCCCCUCUACUCUCUUCCUUCGUCUCUCUUUUUCCCUCUCUCUCUCUCCCAUAGUCUUUCUGUUAUGUAUGUUCAUAUCUUCCUUAUAUAGCAUGAUAUGCCUUUAUCUUCCAUAGCCAAAUGCGUACAGAGCCCCUUA